GAGCUCUUAGCUUUGCCAAGCUACACAAUCUUUCCAGUCUAGAGGGCUCAAGAGACAGCUUGAUACAGCUGGCCACGCAGUGUCAAAAACAGGAGGAGGCUGCUUUAAGAGGCUCCCCCACCACCACCACCACCACCAAACUGGGAAAGCUGUUGUAACCUGAAGCCUACUGAUGGCUGGGCUGGGAUAGCUUGUUGGUUGGCGGGCAGGCUCUAGCAGCAGCGGCAGCAGAGGUGGCCCCGUUAUAAGGAGCUCCCUGCUCUCUCUCUCUCACACACACGCAGCCUGGUCAAAGAGAACUGCAGUGGAGGACAGCAGCCUGAGGCCCCGCUAUGCAAAAUCUGGUGGUUCUUCUGUGGCUGGGACUCCUAGCUAUCUCCUGCAGAAGCCAGGACUCAGGCACCGGGAGCAGUCUGCAGGGUUCUGAACCUGACAACACAGAGGGAGCAGAGGAGGAGGACCCCUUCUACAAGAGCCCCGUGAACAAGCUGGCAGCUGCCAUCUCCAACUUCGGCUUUGACCUGUAUCGCCAGCAAUCCAGCCAGGCACCCAGCAGCAACAUCCUGCUGUCGCCCUUCAGCAUCGCCACUGCUCUUUCCGGCCUUUCCCUUGGAGCGGGAGAACGGACAGAAGACAUAAUAUCUCGUGCUCUCUUCUACGACAUGCUCAACAAGGCCGAGAUCCACAGCACAUACAAGGAGCUCCUGGCCAGCAUUGCGGCUUCCCCCAAAGGCCUGAAGAGCGCCUUUCGCCUCAUCAUGGAGAGAAGGCUGAGAAUGAAAAUUGGGUUUGUGAACGAGCUAGACAAAGCCUACGGAGUCCGUCCGAGAGUGCUGAGUGGAAAUACCCGGGCAGACCUGCAAGAGAUCAACAACUGGGUGCAGCAGCGGACUGGCGGGAAGGUCACCAGGUUCCUCGGGGAAAUCCCCACUGGAUUAAGCAUCCUCCUCCUUGGGGCAGCCUAUUUCAAAGGGCAGUGGGUGACCAGAUUUGACACCAAGCUGACUAAGCAGCAGGACUUCCACCUGGAUGAGGACAGGACAGUGAAAGUGCCCAUGAUGUCAGCUCCCCAAACUGUCCUGAAGUACGGCUUUGACUCCGAGCUGGACUGCAAGAUUGCUCAGCUGCAUCUGACUGGAAGCACCAGCGCCAUGUUCUUCCUGCCCCAAAGUGUGACCCAAAACAUGACACUGAUUGAGGAGAGCCUCACUUCCGAGUUCAUUCAUGACAUAGACAAGCAGCUGAAGACUGUCCAAGCGGUACUGAGCCUGCCCCGGCUCACAAUGACUUCCGAGACAAGGCUUGCCAGCACACUCCAAGCAAUGCGGCUCCAGGCGCUGUUUUCAACUCCUGACUUUAGUAAGAUCUCUGCUAAGCCUGUCAAGGUCUCUCAUGUGCAGCACAAAGUGGUCCUGGAACUCACCGAAGAUGGGGCCGGCUCCACGUCCACUCCUGAAACGGAGGCCGAGCGCUUGAACUUCACCAUAGAGUACCAUCUGGAUAGACCCUUUCUGUUUGUGCUUCGGGACAAUGAGACUGGAGCUCUCCUUUUUAUUGGAAAAAUCCUGAACCCUCAGAGUGCUUAGAUCCCUACCCAGCCGGCAGAGCAGCCUGUGGCCACCUGGGAAAUGGGUUGGGGGGAUGGGACUGCCCUGCUGCACCUGGGCCGGACCCCACAAUUGUUAAUGCUUAUGUGCUGAAAGCAGUAAACGUGUUUCUGCCUUAAACGUGCCCCACAAACAA